ACAGGAGAUGAGAUGCUGGGAAAGGGAGGAAACGGACCGCUGUUCGCUGUCUUGCAAGUCUCCACUUGCAGAUAUUUUCACCUGGAAAGAGAAAUUCCCCAUCUUUUUUUGUGCCAUCUACUUCACAGGAAUGGCUUCUGCUGAUCUGAAAGACGGGGUGACAUGUCCCAUCUGUUUGAACAUUUUUACAGAUCCGGUGACACUAAACUGCGGACAUAACUACUGCCUGGACUGUAUUGAUUGUGUGCUGGAUGCACAGGAGGACUUUGGAGAUUAUUGGUGUCCAGAGUGCAGAUAUACAUUUAGGAUUCGUCCUAACUUGCAGAGGAAUAUUCUUCUAUGUAAGAUUGUGGAAGUUUUCCAGUCUACUCAACACAGGCAGGAUUACUCCAAGGGGAGAUUUCAUAGCAAGGACCCAAAACAUGACUCCUCCAUGUCCCCGGAAAGGCAGAAAUGUCCCAUCCACGGGAAGCUCCUGGACUAUUACUGUGCCGAAGAUGCUGCUUGUAUCUGUGCGUCUUGCUGGCUGGAUGGGGGACACCGGGAACACCAGGUGGUAAAGAUGGAUGAAGCGUUUGAGAAGAACCUAAGAAAUGUUCUGCAGAAACUGGUGGCAAGGGCAGCAGAGACUCAGGAAAGAGUCCGGAGACUGAACAGAAACAAGAAAACAAUACAAAUAACCGCGUCUAAUAAAGCAAAAAGAGCCACCGCUCUAUUCAGAGGCAUCAGAAUACGACUAGAAGAGCUAGAGGAGACGUUCUUAAAUGAGAUCCUCAGGCAGGAAGAGGAGGCUUCGUUGUCAGUGUUGGAUCUGAUCCGGGAGAUGGAGAUAGAGAGGGAAGAGCUGUCCAGGAGGAUUCGUCACAUUGAGGACCUGUGUAAGAAGACUGAUCCACUCACCGUCUUAGAAGAACCAAACACGGGGGACAUAUGUGAUGAUGAGGAUCAAGAGGGCGAUGAGCACAGAAAGAAACGUGAAGCACCUCUACCCAAUGUAUCUUAUCUGGACGUGGACCGUAUUUCAUUUAAAUUAAAUGAAGCUGUGUCUCAAAGUUAUACAGUAAUAGAACAUUUCAGAAAACUCCAGUCGUCAUUUCUUCACAAAAUGGAGUCGGUUAGCAGUGGUGAUACUGAGACUUUAAGCGCUAAUAACGUUGCAGAGGGUGGAAGUAUGACAGUGGCUCCAUCCAUUAAUGGAAAGACAUACAGGUUAGAUUUGAGAAGGGACGGCCUUUUUCGCUGCUCAGAGACAAAACUUCAGUUCCUGACGAGUUCUAAGAUUUGUGUAGAGUACCAGCUGGAGUCCUGGAGUAAUCACAUGACGGACACGCUGAACAAUGGAUAUCAAAUUAUAAGUCCACUCUUCAACAUUAAAACACACGGGCCUUCUCAAGUGUCUGCUGUGUACCUACCUCACUGUUUGUCUUCCAAAGAUUAUGGCACAUACAAAUCGUAUAUUAAAUUGGUCCACUUCAAAAAUGGGAAAAUGAUCCUGGAAUCACCGACAAGGAUUGAACCGUCAUACAUUGUGCUGGAAAAUCCCACGUUCUCUUUUUUCGGGGCUUUGCUGGAGAAAUUCUGGACAUUUAUAACAAGGCCAUUUGCAUUUAAUGGGAUUGUACUGAUAUACGGCAAAGCAGAGAGAGAGUGUUGCCUUCGUCUCUACACCAUGAUCGAUAAUCAGCCUGACAUAAAAAAGAUUAUCGAUGAGAGGAUCGGGGAUGAGUUCCAUUGGAUUGAUAAGGCUCCGCAGGUUGAAUCAGUUUAUGUAGAAAGACAGUAUGUUAUACAAGGACUGAGUGAAGCGGAGAUAGAGCCAGAGGUUCUGCGCUUCCGGUUCACCUGCCCUUCCAGAGUCUUUCCCUACACCGAGAUCACCAUGAAUGAACCCUCAGACAAAAUUGUUUUACGCAUAGCUGAAAAAAACAGCGGACAGAUUAUCUGGAGACGUCAGUUGAAGAAAGAACAACUUAAACAUCUCAGAGGGAUCAAUCCUAUAAAGGAACCAGACUCAGAUGCAAGACGUUUUAUACAGAGGAGUCACAAAGAUCUGUGUAAAAGAAUGGGACUCAUCGAGCCGAUUCUUCUGUCCUUACGUCAGCGGGGGGUCAUUAACGAAGACGAGGAGGAAGAGAUUAGACUUCAGAGGAGGACAAUGCAAAGAAAUGAUUUUCUGCUCAACAUGAUCAAAUCAAAAGGUGCAGAGGAAGAAUUUUACAAAGCUCUUCAGGAAAACGAUCCCUGGCUUGUUAUGGACUUAACCAAGUCCAUGGCAGGAAUGUCAUUAUAACAUAUGAAUUUCAUCUUCUGGGUACAAUGGAGACUGCAGGUCAUCAUAUUCCUUUGGCGAUGGUUCAGUAGUUGGUGGUGUCCACCAAACACACUCAGGUCUGCAACCGCUACCUCACUACAUCCAGACAUAGACCAAAGCAAUGAAAGCACUUCUUUGUAGCUACAAUCAGACUGUUAAGCUGGAAGGAAGGUUGGAACUUUAACCACUUAAGACCCGGACCAAUAUGCAGGUUAAGGACCAGGCCCCUUUUUGCGAUUCGGCACUGC